AUUAUUGACCACUUGCAAAUGGCGACUGCGUCUUCUCAGAGGAGAAGGAACCAGUUUACUAAACCGCAGACUGCACAGCUGUAAGAGCUCUUACACACUUAUUAGAGGGAUCAGGCUAAAGGGGGAUGACAGCACUAUCCGUCUGAGUUGCCAAGAGUCAAUCAAAGUAGAGAGAGCCUAGUUUUUAGGCCAAAAUCUUUAAGGUGUCGGGAGGCGAGUCCAGCAAUCAUCCGCCAUGAGCAAGGUGUCGUUUCGGGCCCGUGCCCUCGACUCCAACAAGCCAUUACCCGUAUAUACUGAGGAUGAGCUACCAGACCUUGCUGAAUACGUCCCCAUCAACCGGGCUGUCCCUCAGCUCCCCACUGGAAUGGAGAAAGAAGAAGAAGCAGAGAGACAUCUUCAAAGAGUCAUCAAUGCUCGUCAGAACUUCAGCGAGUCAGGGAAGUCAAUAGUAAUCCCAAUACCAGAGGCAACGAUACCAGUCCAUCACUAUCCAUCAAUUUAUACCACAUCAUCAACUGUACCUUUAUACUACAUUAGAGUACCUGGUUUAGGUUUACGCGAAGACAUACCGGAUUAUGACUUAGACUCAGAAGAUGAGGAAUGGCUCAACGCCCAGUCAAAGGAAAGGCCAUUGUCACCUACUCACUUUGAGAGGAUGAUGGACAAACUUGAGAAAGGAAGUGGAAAUACCGUUCUGUCAGAACAUGAUGCUCAGUUUCUGUUGAAGGACGAGCAGGAUCUUGUAAUGGCUGUCUAUGACUACUGGCUUGCUAAGAGAUUAAGACUUGGUCGCUCUCUCAUUCCCUCAGUUCGUAACGAGAGGAGGGAUGGAACCAGCUCCUCCAAUCCUUAUCUUGCCUUUAGGAAAAGAACUGAAAAGAUGCAAACAAGAAAAAAUCGAAAGAAUGAUGAACAAGCUUUUACUCAUAUGCUAAAAUUGAAACGAGAUCUUUCUAAAGCCAUGACAUUAGUGGAGUUGGUGAGGGACAGAGAAGUGAAGAAGAAUGAGUUGGAUCAUUGCUACGCUGAUAUAUUUCGUAAAAGAUAUCAACUGGAGGAUUGGAGUGGGUCUUUACUGUCAACUCUGCGGCCUAUGGCCACACCUACUUCUGGUGGGCGUCACUUAUCAGUAGUUGAUGGUCAUUGGGACAAUAAAAGUCUUUCAUUAAAAGUUGAUGGUCUUGAAGAUCCUAGAGUAAUCGGGUCCAAGAAGAAGAGGAAAAAGAAGCUGUUCCCAAUGAUUACGGUUGAUUCUGAGUUACCUUUGACUCCAUCCCUCCCUCUUGAUAAAAUACAAAAAGAACAAUCAACCAAAUUCUUGCAUAUUGAUGAGAGAAAUGAAGUCCCUGAACCUGACGGUGUUUUUACAUUCAAAAGAAAAGUUCACAUCCAUUAUCAUAAGAAUCAUGACUGGAUCAGUAGGUUUGGUAAUAAUUCAACGUAUGAGCCUCCACCAUCAAAGAGGAUGUGUUUCUCCAGAGCAUCGUUUGAUGGACGGCGAUCUGGUUACUUUAGAAGGAGAGUUGGUCGCGGUGGAAGGAUCCUAUGGGACAGGAUGACCACUGAAGAUUAUAGACAGUGUGAUUCAUCAAUAGAAGAUCAGUCUACAGUAGUGGAAGAUAUUGAGCCAAUGGAUAAUAAUGCAUCAAGAACUGAUGAAGGAGGAGCCAAUCGACAUUGCUUUUAUCCAGUCUCACCUGCUCCUGGAUCAACAAACUUCAGUUUCUCAUAUCUUCCAUUUAUCGACCCCUCCACCUAUUAUUGUCCUGAUAUUAAUAAAGGCUACAAUAAGUUCGGAGGACUCCAGUCUGACUCAGAGACACAAAAUGAAGUAUCUUCUUUCUCGACAUUCCCCACUUCUCUCUUUGCUUUGAAACCCAGUCGACAAGGUCCUGCAGGACUAGCAGGACUCAAUGAGAAACCCUCUGGCUCUAACCUUGAUAAGGAAAAGGCCAGUCCUGAUUCAGAGAAGGAGGAGCUGGACAAAGUGACCGUUCCUCCAACUCAAUUAUCUCACGUUGGUCUUCCUGUCCAGAUACAUGUUGGUAACUUGAAACACUUACCAAAGAAAGAUAUUCCGACACCUAGCACUAGUGAAGCUCCUCCUCCUCCCUCUCUCCCCCUCCCUCCCUCCUCCUCCUCUGCUCCUCCUCUUCCUAAUGACACAGGUCCUUCUUCAAAAGAGAAAUCUCCUCCUCCUCUAAGUUGGCAGUCUUGUACUGCGUCUUCAAGUAUCUCUUCUCUUGAUAGAUCUCUCAAAAGGGCGGGUAUGUUUUCUAGGCGUCAUAAAGCUCUUACAACUCAGAUGGUAGCUGAUAUUACUAGUCAAUUGAAGGCAGCGUUUUCAGUUCAACCCACCCCUAAACCUGACCCUCCUCCUCCUCUCCCUCCUCCUCCUCCUCCUCCUGUUUCUCCUGCGGCUACAGCUGCUGCUCUUCUCUCCCUCCAGCAGCAACAGGCUCCUCCUCCUCCUCCUGUACCUCCUCCUCCUUUAUCAACACCAGCUGGUCCAAUCCCUCCAGUAGUAGUGUCAUGUGCUGCUAGUACAGUACCUUCCCUCUCUCUUCCGUUGGUCACUAACAGGACUCCAGCAACUCUCACUUCUAAUUCCACUAUAUCCCCUUUACCGAUUCAGACCAACAAGCUUGUGAGUAGUUUAAUGCUAGACCAGAGAACUAUGGAAACUGCUCUCGCUGCUAGGGAGAAGGCCCUGGCCCCCAUCGUGCACCAUAACUCACCCAACGGCAGCGUUCAUGAUUUAUUCAAUCAUGCCAAGCUUCAGGCAGAGGCUGAGAAGGAAAUAAAACACGCGCUAGCAGCUGGGGCUGUAGUUAACCACAGUAACACUCUUGUUGAUGGAACUACUAAUUCUUUAGUGAAAUUAAAUACAUCUUCUCAAGUCACCUGAUGAUACCUUUCUCUCUCUCUCUCUCUUUCCUUUCUCAUUAAAGUUAUGACAUCUCUCUUUUAUUUCUGUUUUCAUUAUGUAUGUAUCCUUUAUGUCCUGUUUGUACUUUACUUCUUACAAUUAUUGUGUUUGUGUGUUUGUUUGUUUGUGUGUCAUUAAUUUAUUUAGUACCUCCACAAUGCGCUAAUAACUAUA